AUGCGUCUUCGUCGUUUCAUCCCCGAGCUUCUGCUCCUGGGCUCAACUACCCAAGCUCGACCUACGGACGAGUGCCCUGACGGUGUUUCUAUCGUCAAGGUCCAGCCUGAAGUUAUCGUUGGGCUUCAGCCUGUUAGUAUAAGUGCUGUGUUCACUAGCAAUACAGUGCUUACUAUUGAUGGGACGACGAUUCCUAUCACUGGUGCUCCUACUACCUUGGUCACUGCGUUUACUAUCACCAAGACUUCGACUAGGUACAUCACUGGCAACCCGGAACCGUACUUUACUGGUCCCUAUACGACCAUCACUAGCAACAACCCCGGAUCGAACCCCACUACGAUCACCCGACCGCCCUCUGGCAAUGAUCACACUGGAACCGUUAUCAUAGUCAACCCAUCGGGUGGCUCGGGCGGCUCUGGUGGUACGCGUCCCGCCUUCACCGGACCGUAUACGACUAUUACAAACAAUGGACCUGCUGGAAGUCACCCAACCACUUUGACUCUUCCUCCCUCGGGCAAUGACCCCAGCGGAACUGUUAUCGUGGUUGUUCCCUCUGGUACUGGUACUCAGAGCAAGCCUUUCACCGGUCCGUAUACGACCAUAACGAGCGCUGGUCCGGGAUCUCAGGCUACCACUCUGACACUCCCUCCUUCUGGUACUGGUGGUGUUGGAACUGUCAUCGUUAUUGAUCCAACAUCUCCUGGUUCCAAGCCCUCUUCUACCAACUCAGGUAAGUCUCCGGCAACGACUCUCACUAUUCUACCAUCUGGCACGGAUAGCACUGGCACUGUUAUCGUUAUUGGACCUACGGCAUCUUCUGGAUCUGGACAUGCUUCGUCUGGUGGCUCGGCCCAUACCACGGCUGGAGGCUCUGGAGUCCCCAACCCCAGUUCUGUUACUUCAAAGGGCACCUUCACUGGUCCGUUCACCACUAUUACUGGUAUCAACACUGGUUCUGCUGGUACAACCGUGACACUCCCCCCAUCUGGUACUGACUCCAUUGGCACUGUUAUCGUCUUGGAGCCUAGUACAAGUGCUCAGAAGACCACCUUCACAGGCCCAUUCACUACUAUCACUGGAGUCAACACUGGUUCUGCCGGAACUACAGUGACACUUCCCCCCUCGGGCACCGGCAGUGUUGGUACGGUCAUUGUCCUUGAGCCAAGCACGACUGCCCAGAGGACGACCUUUACAGGGCCUUUCACCACAAUCACUGGCGUCAAUUCCGGCACCGCUGCUUCAACUGUUACCCUUCCCCCCUCAGGCUCGGAUCCUACCGGUACUGUCAUUGUCCUCGAGCCCAGUGUGACUUCGAAGCCAAGUACCUUCACUGGUCCCUUUACAACCAUCACUGGAGUCAACACUGGCUCAUCGGGCACAACUGUUACUCUUCCUCCUUCCGGUACAGGCUCCAUAGGCACUGUCAUCGUCCUUGAACCUAGCACGACUGGACCGCGAAGCACUUUCACUGGCCCCUUCACUACAAUUACCGGCGUCAACUCAGGCAGUCUCACUGCAACACUUACGCUUGCGCCAUCUGGCUCUGACCCAACCGGCACGGUUGUCAUUCUCGAGCCUUCAGUCACUUCCCCUGCCUCUAGCUUCACAGGUCCCUUCACCACCAUAACCGGAAUCAACACUGGCACUGGCGUUGCAACUCUCACGUUGGCGCCGUCUGGAACUGACUCCACUGGAACUGUUGUAAUUCUUGAGCCGUCUUCUUCUGCUCCUUCGAGCACUUUCACUGGUCCCUUUACUACCAUCACAGGAUCCGGUCCCAUCCCAACCACCGUCACACUUCCUCCUUCAGGCGGUGACCCAAGCGGUACUGUUAUCGUGAUUGGCCCCCCUUCAAGCACAACCUUUACUGGUCCAUUCACUACCAUCACCGGUGUCAACACUGGUACUGGUUCCUCAACCGUCACACUUCCGCCCUCCGGCACCGAUACAGUUGGUACUGUCAUUGUGCUGGAACCAUCCACGACCAAGACAUUUACUGGACCUUUCACUACCAUUACUGGCGUCAACACUGGUACUGGCUCCUCCACAGUAACCUUGCCUCCUUCUGGUACCGAUACUAUCGGCACAGUAAUCGUGUUAGAGCCCUCAACAACCAGGACGUUCACGGGACCUUUCACUACUAUCACCGGCGUGAACACUGGGACUGCAACUGGUGCCUCAACUGUGACUCUUCCUCCCUCUGGCACUGACUCAGUCGGCACUGUGAUUGUCCUCGAGCCCUCGACUCGCACAACCUUCACGGGUCCUUUCACGACCAUCACUGGCGUCAACACUGGCACCGGGGCUUCUACUGUUACUUUACCUCCUUCCGGUACUGACACCAUUGGUACUGUUAUCGUGCUUGAGCCUUCAACCAGCGCCAGUGCCACUGGGCCUUUCACUGGACCAUUCACUACCAUCACGGGCGUCAACACUGGAACUGCAACUGGUGCUUCUACUAUUACCCUACCUCCUUCUGGCACGGACACCAUAGGCACAGUCAUUGUACUGGAGCCCUCCACUCGUACGACCUUUACUGGCCCCUUCACAACAAUCACGGGUGUCAAUACGGGAACUGCAACUGGCGCUUCCACUCUGACUUUGCCUCCCUCUGGUAAUGACCCUACAGGUACCGUGAUUGUUUUGGAGCCUUCUGUUUCAGCCCCAGCGAGCAGCUUCACUGGACCUUUCACAACGAUUACCGGAGUGAACACUGGCACAGCAACUGGUGCUUCUACAUUAACCCUCCCUCCUAGUGGCACAGAUACUAUCGGUACUGUUAUCGUCUUAGAGCCUUCCACUUCUGCAGUCCCAACAACCUUUACUGGUCCUUUCACAACGAUUACUGGAGUGAACACUGGAACUGCAACCAGCCCUUCUACUCUGACCCUGCCUCCUUCCGGCACAGAUACAGUCGGUACUGUUAUCGUCUUGGAGCCUUCAACUUCAACUCCAGCUUUUACUGGACCAUUCACUACCAUCACAGGCGUGAACACUGGCACAGCUACUGGAACCCAGACCGUCACUCUGCCGCCUUCUGGUACAGAUACAAUCGGUACAGUGAUUGUCCUGGAGCCAUCCACAGCUGCUACUCCAACCACGUUUACAGGCCCAUUUACCACCAUAACCGGAGUGAACACAGGCACAGCUACGGGAGCCCAGACCGUCACCUUGCCACCCGCUGGAACUGACACCAUUGGUACUGUUAUUGUGUUGGAGCCCUCAACUUCUGUUCCUCCUUUCACCGGACCGUACACUACCAUCACUGGUGUCAACACAGGUACUGCGACUGGAGCCUCGACCAUCACACUUCCGCCAUCUGGAACAGAUACAAUCGGCACAGUCAUUGUGUUAGAGCCUUCGACAUCAGCACCUGCGUCAACAUUCACUGGUCCAUUCACCACUAUAACCGGUGUCAGCCCAGGUACCGCCACAGGAGCCUCAACAGUCACUCUCCCACCGUCCGGAACCGAUACCAUUGGAACCGUCAUCGUGCUCGAGCCAUCGACAUCAGCCUCUGCUUCCUCAUUUACAGGUCCUUUCACCACGAUCACUGGUAUCAACACAGGCACAGGCACGGGGGUAUCUACCAUCACUCUGCCUCCAACAGGAACUGACACCAUCGGAACUGUCAUUGUUUUUGAACCUUCGACCUCAGCUCCUGCUUCGACUUUCACCGGUCCUUUCACUACUAUCACUGGCGUCAACACGGGUACCGCUACUGGCACCUCUACCUUGACGCUUCCACCGUCAGGCACAGAUACUAUCGGCACUGUCAUCAUCCUCGAGCCCUCAACUUCAGUACCUGGUUCUACCUUCACUGGUCCCUACACCACCAUCACAGGUAGUGGACCAAUUGGCACAAGUAUUACUCUGUCCCCAUCUGGAACAGAUCCUGUUGGUACUGUGAUCGUGAUCGAGCCCACGCCCGUUUCAACUGUAUCCCCUGGAGCCACCGGAACUAGCGAGGGCUCAGGUGUUUCAUCAACCUCUAAUGGUUCUCAAGGUCAGUCAACGUCUUCCCCCGGAAGCUCCGACUCUGGCGCUUCAAACAAUUCCGAUUCCCCCUCCCAGCAAAGUUCAGAUGUUUCUUCUUCCCCAUCCUCUACCUCUGAUUCCCUGACCGAUGGCAACUCUGGUUCUUUGAGCGGAACUUCCAGUGGCUCUAUAGUAUCUUCGACUGGAGCUUCUUCAGGGGAGAUAUCAGGCUCUGUUACUGAUAGCUCUGGGUCUGCCUUCAGUACCUCUGGUCCCGCACCCCAAGAGAGUUCAGGUGCUUCUUCUGAAUCUUCAGUGUCGGAUAGCCUGUCCAACGGUGGCACCGUUGGUACUGAGUCUUUGAGCAGUACCUUUACUGGCACCGAUGGAUCUUUGACUACUACUGCUGCUUCGGGAGUACCGCCAACCUCUGGCUCUCAAAGUCAAGAGACUUCUGGUGCUGGAGGCCCGGGUACUUCUGGCACAGCAUCCCAACAGAGUUCAGAAGCUUCCGGCUCCCUUACCAACGGCAAUACUGGUAGCACUGGCCUUGGCGAGUCUACUGGUUCUCCAUGGGGUACUCUGUCAACCUCUACUCCAGGAAGCUCUGAUGGAGCUUCAAGCACCUCUGGCACCGCGUCACAGCAGAGCUCUGAUACCUCAUCAGUCCCCGCUACAGAGACUGGUGGUAACACGGUUGCCCCCGGCUCCACUGGUACCACUUCUGGAGGUUCUCAAGCAUCAUCAACUGAGAUUCCUUCUGGAGCUGUGUCCUCUGACUUCGUUUCAGAGACAUCUUCACUAGGAUCAGGUACUACAUCUGAGACUGCCACCAAUGGCAACACUGGCGGCUCUGAGUCUACCGACACCUCAGAUGGCUCUGGCGUGUCUUCAACGGGACUUCCCACUGUCUCCACAUCUGGCACUGGCGCAGGAACAUCCUCAGACGGAUCGGGUGCUUCUUCAACUCUAGGGUCGGAGACUAGUGGUAAUACUGGCUCCGAAUCUGCAAGCACCACGUCUGGUGCUUUCGAAGAGUCAUCCACUGGACUUCCUUCAGGAGCUUCAUCCUCGCAGUCCGGCUCAGAGAUAUCACCAAUUGCAUCAGGAUCUUCUUCAGAUACCGCAACCAAUGCUAACACCGGCGCGUCAGGCUCUGCAACCACCACUUCCGGUGGCUUUGAAGUAACCUCCACUGAAGUUCCCUCGGUUUCGUCCUCUGGAUCUGGUUCAGAGUCAAGCUCAGUUCCAUCAGGUGCUUCCUCAGGUGCAGUGACCGAUGGAAACACUGGCGGCCCUGAGACUGCAAGCAGUACCUCUGACGGCUCCGACGGAUCUUCAACUGGAGUCCCCACUGGUGCCACCUCCUCUGGCUCUGGUACUGAGUCUUCCGGAGCCGAGACUUCUGGAGCUGGAUCAGGCACUUCGGUUUCCCCCUCAGAGACUAGUGGUAACACUGGUGCCUCUGACACCACUGGGCCUGUCACCACAAGUACCACUUUGGCAGCCUCUGAAGGAUCAUCAACAGGAGUUCCCACUGAAGCUGCAUCAUCUAGCCCCAACGCUGAAACUUCUGGCACUGAUACUGCUGGCAGUGAAACUUCCGGGGCUGGAUCAGGCACUUCUUUGGCUUCAGUCUCUGAGACAGGUGGUAGCACUGAGGCCUCUGGCGCUACAAGCAGCACCUCUGAUGUAUCUCCAACAGAAGCUCCUACCGGCGAGACAUCGUCUGGUUUUGGUGCUGGAACAUCUUCAGCGGCAACUGGUGAUUCCUCUGCUUCGCUUACGGAUACUGGCAGCACUGAUACCGCGGCCACUGCAAGCAACACCUCGGGUGCCUCUGAAGGAUUCACAACCGGAGCUCCCACUGGUCAGACAUCAUCUGGCUCUGGUACUGAGACAUCUGGAGCCAAUUCGGGCGCUUCUUCCGCUUCAGUUACAGAGACUGACAACACUGGUGUCCCUACUGCGACAAACACCAACGGCUCUGAAGAAUCUUCAACUGGCGUUCCCUCUGGUGCUACAUCCUCUAACACCGGCUCUGAGAUCUCCACAACUGGAUUGGGUCCUUCAACCGCUGGAGAAGAGUCAAGUACUGGUGCCCCGGCUGGUACGUCUGAUGGCUCUGAAGGCUCUUCGACAGGAAUCCCCACUGGCGCUACUUCAUCUGGUACUGGCUUAGAGACCUCAGGUGCUUCCUCGACAAUUGUUGAGGAGUCAAGCACUGGUGCCCCUGCCUCUACCGCCAGUGCCUCUAGUGGUUCCGAAGGAUCUUCAACUGAAGCCCCAUCUGGUGCUACAUCAUCUGACUCUGGUUCAGAGACCACCCCCGCGGGAUCGGUUGCUUCUUCUUCGACUACCAGUGCAUCCGAAGGAUCUGAAGGAUCUUCGACUGGAGUUCCCUCCGGAUCCGAGGCCUCGUCUGGAAGCUCUGGCACCUCUGAGCCUGCUGGUGCCACUUCAUCUUCUGGACAAGGUGCAUCUUCUUCAGCUUCGGCUCCAGAGACUGACAGUACUGGUGUUCCUGUCUCUACUAGCGGUACCUCUAUUGGUUCAGAAGGUUCUUCUACUGAACUUGCAACUGAGUCUUCACCUAGCUCUGGUGUAGAGACCACUUCGACUGGAUCAGGAGCUUCAACUGGCUCUGGCUCAGAGACCACCGCAGCUGGAGUAUCUACUGAACCUACUUUCACCUCGUCAGGAUUCAUUACACGAGUUUCUAGUUCAUCGUCGUCUUCCGAAGAGAUCACUGACAUUUCAUCAGGCCCUGAUACCUCUACUGGUUCUAGUUCUCCUGCCACCGGCGCUUCUUCAACCUCUGACUCAGGUGCCGCUACUACCUCAUCGGAAACUGGAGCAGAGACUUCAAGCUCCGCUGGAGAGCCUUCAAACACUUCAUCAGGAUCUGAUGGCUCCUCCACUUCAGGUACUCCCUCCGAGAGCUCCAACACCUCCGCCAACCCAGGAGAGUCUUCUUCUGCUGCUGGAGAGUCUUCUGGUAUCCCUGCAGAGACUUCUUCCGGUCCUGGCUCUGGGACCACCGGUGCUUCGUCCUCUGGCGCAGGUGCCUCCACCUCAUCGGGACCUGAGUCUUCUUCUACCUCUGGUGUUCCUUCUGAGAGCUCCAAUACAUCUGCCCCCCCUGCUGAGUCUUCGUCUGAUGUUGGUGAGUCUUCCGGUACCUCAGGCGUUCCCUCAGAGGCCUCUUCAGACUCUGGCUCUGAGAGUGCAUCAGCGUCCGCCACUUCUGGAGCCAGUGGAGAGUCUUCGACGGUUUCUUCAUCUGGACCUGAGUCAACUUCCGGUGGAUCUUCUGCUACAACCGAUGCUGGCUCGGACACUUCGAGCACUGCAGCUACCGCUGGUGAAUCCUCUGGAGCUUCAUCUGCUUCUCCUGAGUCCUCUUCUGCCGCUUCGUCGAUUCCCACUGAGACGACUGGCACUUCUACGGGCGCUGAAGAGUCCUCUGCUGCCACAUCGGGUGCUGCUUCUGAGACUUCCAGUGGCUCUGCCGUGAACACUUCAUCUGACAGUGGCGCCUCUUCUGAGCCUGCUACCUCCAGUUCCCCUGAGACUUCCUCGGGUCCCGCUGCCAGCUCGGGCGCUUCUAGUGAUUCUUCCGCUGCUCCCACGUCUGCAGCAUCUGAGGAGUCUUCUGCUACUUCGAAUGGUCCUUCCGAGACUUCCAGUGGUGAUAGUGCCAACAGCUCUUCAGAUGUCGGUGCCUCAUCAACCUCCGGCGCUGAAGCCACUACAUCGGAUGCUGCUGAGUCUUCGGUCACUUCGAAUGCCCCUGCGGAGACUUCCAGUGACGUUGGUGUAAACACUUCAUCUGAUGGCGGUGCCUCUUCCGGUCCCGCUACCUCUAACGUUCCCGAGACUUCCUCAGGUGCCGCGACCAGUGACUCUCCCGCCAGCUCUACUUCUGCACCAUCUGAUGGAUCCUCUGCUACAUCGGAUGUCCCAGCCCAAACCUCUAGUGAUGCUGGCGCUAGCAGCUCCUCAGACACCGGUGUCUCGUCUACCGCUGAGGCUGAAACCUCAUCUGCACAGGCCGGCGAGUCUUCACAGGCUACAUCUGAUGCCCCUGCUGAGACUUCCAGUGAUGGUGGUGCCAAUAGCUCUUCAGAUGCCGGCGCUUCGUCUACCUCUGAUGCUUCACCAACUUCGUCAGCCGGCUCUGAGUCCUCAUCUGCUCCAGUUGAAGAGUCUUCGUCUACAGCUGAUGUACCCGCGGAGACCUCAAGCGACGCUGGCUCAUCUGCUGCUGCAACAUCCUCCGAUGCACCUGAGUCAUCCUCAUCCGGUAAUGAGCCUACCAGCACUUCCGAUGGCUCCGGCGCCACUUCUUCUCCCGCAACAUCGAGUACCCCCGAGACCUCUUCCGAUGUCCCCUCGGAGACAUCCAGCGACGCAGGUGUCAACAGCUCCUCUGGUUCUGCCCCUGCCACCUCCUCUGCCGCCGAGACGUCUUCUGCCGGCACUGAGCCUACCAGCAGCGCAGCCGAUACUUCAUCAGCCGCUGCCGCGACAUCUACUCUCGAGUCCUCCUCCGCUGCUCCCGAGACCAGCGCUGAGCCCACCUCAUCCGCCUCAGAGACGUCUGCUGAGCCUGCUACAACCGAAGCCCCAACCUCCGCAAGCCCAACCAGUCCUGAGGCUCAGACGUCCUCCUCUGCAACUGAGUGUAUCCCCUCGCCAAACGUUUCGGGUACUUGUACCGUGGCUCUCCCCGCUGCCUGUGCACAACUCGAGACUACCAACGGUCUAGCUCUUAUCCCCGUCCUCGCUCUCUGCACCACUGCCCUCGGGCCCUAUGCCGUUGGUAACGUUGCCUCCUGUCUCGCAACCACCCCCAUCGUUGGCUCUUCUGGUUUGAGUAUCUUCAACUGUGUCGUUGAUGCCUUGGAAGAGCGUUGCAUCACAACUCUUCCCGACGCUUGUACAGAUCUGGCAAAUGCCAAUGGCCUUGAGCUUGUCGCUGAUGUUGCCGUUUGCGCUGUUGCUCUCGGUCCCUUUGCCGCUGGAAGUGCUGCGACAUGUCUGUCCACUGGCGACAUCACUGGCUCUACAACAGGUACAAGCAUCGUUGAGUGUCUUGAGAUUGCUUUUGGCCUUGCAUCCGGGUCAGGUACCGUUACUGGCAUCCCAUACUGCGCUGAGUCGACGACUACGCCAACGCCAACGCCUACGCCAACCCCUCAGCCGGCCUGCUUCACACUUCCCGAUGCCUGUGAGUUCAUUGGAAGUUUGACUGGUUCCGUCGCUAUCGCUGUAGCCGCUCCUGCGUGUAGAACAGCACUCGGCGCUUACAACACAGGUACCGUGGCGUCUUGUACCACCUCGGGUAUCGGUCUCUUCACGUCUGGCUCAGUUGUCGUUAAUUGUCUUAACAAUGCCCUCUCUGGGGUGUGUAUCUCAACACUCCCAGCGGCUUGUUCCAGCUUGGCUGGGCAGAAUGCCGUUCAGCUUGCUUUGAACCUUGGUGCCUGCGACACUGCUCUUGGUCCUUUCGGAGAGGGAGCGGCGGAAGAUUGCUUGAGCGUUCUUGAGGGCAGCGGCGACGCUGUUGUGAGCUGUCUCAACAAUGCACUUUUCUUUCCCACUACGGCUAGCUUGGCUAGAUAA